CAUAUACAAAGCCGGUCAGUCAAGCACAGAGAGUCAGUUUGCGAUCCGCCGCACUAGUGCGAUAGUCACCUAUCACCGCCCCCGUCAGCGCUGUAAUUGCUACCGACCAUGGGUCACCGGUCGCUCUUACAGUUGGUAAUCGGCGUGUUGCUGACACUCCUGCUCGCCGCGCCGCCGGGCGCGUGGUGUUCUGACGCCGCCCCGGGCGAGGACGCCACCCUGGUCGGCACGCUGGACCAGCUGUGGACGUUUCUGGAGCGGGUGGAGCGCAAGGUGUCGAUCUCCGUCUCCAAGGAGGUGAGCGCCCGCCUGGAUGGUCUCCAGACCCGGCUGAAGGGCCACGUGAACAGCAUGACUAAGCGUCUUGACGGACAGGAGGAGCAGAUCGGCCGACUGGGGGCACAGCUCGGAAACCUCUCCGAACGGGUGGACGACGCGUCUCGACAGGGGAGUGUCUCGCCAGUUGUCAGCCAGAAAUUCCCUCGGGACUGCAGUGACCUGCCGGCGGGCACCGCCAGCGGCGCCCACCUGCUGCAGCCGGGUCUGGACCGGUCCGUGCCGCCCACCCCGGCCUUCUGUGACCUGGAGUCGGACGGCGGCGGCUGGACCGUCGUCCAGCGGCGCGACGACAUCCCCCCGCGGGAGGACUUCUACCGCGGCUGGCAGGACUACAAGCAGGGCUUCGGCGAGUUCGAUGGAGAGUUCUGGUGGGGCCUCGAGAGCCUGUGGAGGAUGACGUCACCGAGAGACCGCCGCUACGAGCUGCGAGUCGACCUCUGGGACUUUGACGGCAGCACGAGACACGCCGUCUACAGCAACUUCCGCGUCGCCUCCGAGAUCCAGGGCUACGCUCUGACCAUCGGCAACUACACGGGUGACGCCGGAGACAGCCUCAGCUUCCACAGGGGGAUGCAGUUCACCACGAAUGACGUGGACAACGAUAUUCACGAAGCCAACAACUGCGCGCACAGCCACGAAGGCGCCUGGUGGUACAAAAACUGUCAUCGUUCGAAUCUGAACGGCCGCUACCUGGGGAGAAUGACCCCAAGCAAGGCAAAUGGUGUCUCCUGGUUCGAUUGGAGAGGUCACGACUAUUCCCUGAAAACAGUGACCAUGAAAAUACGACCAACCAAACCACUGUAAAACGUGCGACAAUGCAGGGCCUUUGGUAAUAAAUGACAAUGCUAAUGCUUCAA